CUGCUUUGUUCAGGUAUUGAAAAUAUUGCCUGUCAUCUUGUGGGCAAAGAAGUUUGGGAAGCGAUUUUUCCCGAAUCAUCAGUGUGCCUUAAUCAACCAGUUCACUUUUCUGGUUCGGUCCCGGCCGAUUUUGUACCUGCCGAGCUGUGCCUACUGUGUGAUCGACAACGAACCGAAGCUGCCACGGAGUCGGUCGACAAGAAGGUCGUGAUGUGUGACUCAGACUCCGGUGUAUGCUCAGCUUCCCCUCCGACCUCACCACGGGCCUCACAACCCGUACCGUCUGCAUCAACGGAAGCGACGUUACUCUGUAUGACGAGCCUAUAUGAACGUACCAGAGAAGCGAUCAUGCGGAUGCAGGCUGCUCAGCAGUUCGAAAUGAUGUCCCAAAUGCAAAUGCUCGGGCUGUUGGGCAUGGCACCCGCUGUGACCCCGGAGAUAAAUCGAAUAAUGUUCGAGAACCGUAAGUAUAAAAAGUUCUUCUUCACAUUUUACUUGUUAGUAUUGUUGGGAUUGGAAGCCAUUAUCGAUAUCGAGACCUCUAAUUAUAAUCAGAAGCAGCGAAAACAAAGCCAACCACAAUCCGACACGAUCGAAAAGGAGACGAAUGGGCAAGAGGAAAUAGUCAGAAACGGGUAUGGCAUAAAACGUAAUUACAGUCAAGUAGAUCUUACAGCAGCGGUCAAUGAUAUUAGGUGUGGAAGGCUGGGAACUAGACGAGCCUCAGUGGUAUACGGUAUUCCACGCUCGACUCUCAGGAAUAAAAUUUAUAAAUUGGAAGCUGCCGAAGAACAAGCUGGACAAGCCCCACUUAACAAGAGACGACGUCCCGGUGGCCAGAGUAAUGCUGAGAAAAAGUUAGCUGAACAAGUGGAAAGGCAGAAAAAAGCAUCUACACCUGUUACUGAUUGUUCAUCAAUUUCGCCAAGUAGUGACGGAACAGAUGGGGAGACAAGUAUGACGGCAGACGUUAUGGGGACAGGUGGGAAAGAAGACGGUAAGAAGGAGGAGUUGUCAGAGUGGAAAAAAAGUCGACCAAAACGUGGACAGUAUAGAAAAUACGACAAAAAUGCUCUGGACGAGGCGGUUCGAAGUGUACGGCGUGGUGAAAUGAGCGUCCAUCGGGCCGGAAGCUACUAUGGUGUCCCUCAUUCGACCCUUGAGUACAAGGUAAAAGAGAGGAAUUUACUGCGUAAAAAGAAGGAUUCACCACCUGUCAAAGAGAUUUCACUCAUGCAAGAGCCUAUGACAUCCCUAAAUAUAUCCGAAGAAUCCUCAAGUCCUGUCAUCGCUGUAUAG